ACGCGAAACGACGUCGCUUAGUUGUCCACCACGCCUAUUCUCUGAAGCCGUUAAAGUGCACCCAAUCCGGUAAGGUCAAGCAGAAGAGGAAGUUAAACAGACACACAAAACAGAGCAAAGUUAGAUGCUUGUCUUGGCGCAUUCGAAUCAGCCAUGGAGUUCAGUUUUCCCCACUAUCCAUCUCCUUGGGAGCUGCAGAACUUUGGAUGAUGUGAGCAAAGUUCACGCGCAAUUGAUUACGACUGGGUUCAUCAAAAACCCUAAUCUCACGACCAGGAUCGUGCUCGCUUUUGCCUCUUCCCGGCGCCCUUGUCUUGCCGAGUUUGCCCGUUGUGUCUUCUUCGAGUACCACGCCUGUUCGGUUUUACCCGGGGAAGUGGAAGAUCCAUUCCUCUGGAAUGCCAUGAUCAAGUCUCAUUCUCAUGGGCAUGGCCCGACAGGAGCUCUGCUAUUGCUCUGUUUGAUGCUCGAGAGUUGUGUUCAUGUCGAUAAGUUCUCGUUUUCGCUCGUGCUGAAAGCGUGUUCUAGGUUAGGUUUGAUGAGAGAAGGAAUGCAGAUUCAUGGGUUUUUGAGGAAGACAGGGAUUUGGUCGAAUCUGUUUUUGCAGAAUGGCCUGAUUAGGUUGUAUCUGAGAUGUGGUUGUUUGGGGUUAGCACGACAAAUAUUCGAUAGAAUUCCUCAAAGGGACUCGGUCUCGUAUAAUUCCAUGAUUGAUGGGUAUGUAAAAUGUGGGUUGAUUGAAUGUGCAGCCGAAUUGUUUGAUUUGAUGUCUGAGGAGGAGAAGAAUUUGAUAUCUUGGAACUCUAUGAUAAGCGGGUAUGCUCAGACAGCAGAUGGGCUUAACAUGGCGCGGAAAUUAUUCGAUGAAAUGCCUGAGAAGGAUUUGAUUUCCUGGAACUCGAUGAUCGACGGGUGUGUAAAGCACGGGAAAAUGGAGGAUGCCAUGGAUUUAUUUGAUGUGAUGCCAAGAAGAGAUGUAGUUACUUGGGCUACCAUGAUUGAUGGGUAUGCAAAGUUAGGGCAAGUUCAUCAAGCCAAGAGUCUUUUCGAGCAGAUGCCUCAGAGAGAUGUCGUGGUCUGUAAUUCCAUGAUGGCCGGUUACACUCAGAAUGGGUAUUACAUGGAAGCUCUCAAAAUAUUUGACUACAUGGAAAGAGAGGGCAGCUUAUCACCAGAUGAGACGACAUUGGUGAUAGUUCUUUCAGCAAUCUCUCAACUGGGCCACUUUUCCAAAGCCAUGUCUAUGCAUCUGUACAUUGCCGAGAAAGGAUUCCGUUUAGGUGGAAAACUUGGUGUUGCUCUCAUUGAUAUGUACUCGAAAUGUGGAAGCAUACAGAACGCGACAUGGGUUUUCGAGGGAAUUGAAAACAAGAACAUUGAUCACUGGAAUGCCAUGAUUGGCGGGCUAGCUGUUCACGGGCUCGGGGAUGCAGCUUUUGAUUUGCUCAUGCAGAUGGAGAGGCACUCUGUUAAACCUGAUGACAUAACAUUUAUCGGGAUUUUAAGUGCUUGCAGCCAUUCUGGAUUGGUAAAGGAAGGCCUUCUCUGCUUUGAACUCAUGAGAAGAAAGCACAAGAUCGAGCCAAGAUUACAACACUAUGGUUGCAUGGUCGACAUACUAGCAAGGUCAGGAAGUAUAGAACUCGCUGAAAGGCUAAUAGAGGAAAUGCCUAUUGAACCGAAUGACAUCAUAUGGAGAACAUUUCUCAGUGCAUGCAGUAAUCACAGCUGCUUAAAAACCGGAGAGCUUGUAGCUAAGCACCUAAUGGGACAAGCAGGUUAUAACCCAAGUUCAUAUGUACUUCUGUCCAACAUGUAUGCCGGUCUUGGUAUGUGGGAGGAUGUUCGUAGGGUUAGGAUGAUGAUGAAGAAAAGAAAGCUUCAGAAAAUUCCUGGGUGUAGUUGGAUUGAGCUAGAUGGAAGAGUUCACGAGUUCUUUGUGCAGGUUAAGUCUCCUUGUACAUAGUAUGACCAUUUGUUGUUGUCAAAUUCAUUGUGGAUAUUGGAUAAGGAUACUUCCACCAUGUUUUACGAGGUUGUCUACUUUUGUGGU